ACGGGAUAAACAGUAGCAGCUUCCGCAUUAAACUUAACAACAAACCGGACUGAAAGCAGCCUGACUGUCUUCCAGCAAAAAUGGGUCGCUGUGUUUUUCUAAUUUUGGCGGCUUUAUUCUCCGUCACAUCUUCACAGUUUAUACCGCCGUAUACAGAAGAUUGUCGGACGGAAAUGUAUCCACCAAAAGGUCCAACGGUCAGGGCAGCUGUCGGCUGGUACACCGUGGACCUCGACUUACCACCCAGCAAGAGAUGGACGGCUCUGAUUACCGACAAAAAAACUGACCUGGUCAACAUGAUUCAGGCCAUUAAAGACUUAGCUAAUGCGUUUGUUCCCAGUGGAAGGCUGAUAGAGCUGGUCGACAUCACACUGCCUCUAAUGGUGGACACACUUCCGAGCCCGUUCAAUGAUGAAAUCAAAGGAAUUGCAGAUGUUUCAGGGAUUCAUCUUGGUGAAGUCGUCUUGUUUAACAUCUUCUAUGAGGUGUUCACUGUGUGCACGUCAGUCGUUGCAGAAGACGACAAGGGUAACCUCUUUCAUGGCAGAAAUUUGGACUUUGGCUUGUUUUUGGGCUGGGACGUGAAAAACAAGUCAUGGUCCAUCAGUGAGAAGCUGAAGCCGCUGGUGGUGAACCUCGACUUCAAGAGGAACAACCAGACGGUCUUCAAGUCGACAAACUUUGCCGGAUAUGUGGGCAUGCUGACUGGCAUCAAGCCUCACAUAUUCACUCUGACCAUGAACGAACGCUUCAGCCUCGACGGAGGGUACAUCGGAAUCAUGGAGUGGAUCCUUGGACAAAGAGAUGGGAUGUGGAUGAGCUUUCUCACUCGCUCUGUGCUAGAAAAUGCAAACAGCUAUGAGGAAGCCAAACACCGGCUGGCUGAGACCAAGAUGCUCGCUCCGGCUUACUUCAUCCUGGGAGGAAACCGCACAGGGCAGGGCUGCAUCAUCACCCGGUCCAGGCUGCUCAGUAUUGAUGUCUUGGAGAUCGACGUGAAGCUGGGCCGUUGGUACGUCCUGGAGACAAACUACGACCACUGGAAGGAGCCUCUGUUCCUGGACGAUCGCAGGACUCCUGCCAUGAAGUGUAUGAACCAGACCACACAGACGAACAUCUCGCUGAAGACCAUGUAUGACGUGCUCUCAACCAAACCAGUGUUAAAUAAGUUGACCACAUACACAACACUCAUGCAAGUCUCUGAAGGCACACUGGAGUCGUACAUCCGGGACUGUCCAGACCCGUGCAUGCCCUGGUGAUCCUCCAAACGCUGAGUCCUCAUGGAAAGUGUGGAGAAAAGCUCACCUGAUGCUGAGACUAAACUCUAAAGCUUUAAGUGUUUGCACAGCAACUCAUCACCUGAACCCAUGUUUGGAACAGUGGCUGAGUGUCAUUUAGACAUUUGCUUUGUUCUGUAGGUAGUUCAGUAGCACUUCAACAAUACUAAAGCCUACUUUUUUUCUGUUAAGAGGGAAUUGGGGACAAAAGCAAAUGUAACCUCCAAAUGUUUUCCCUCUGUUGUUAUACUGUAAUUAUAUUUGUAAUAUAUUUCAGUGAAUCUCCCCAACCAUGUAGAAACUCCUAAGAUAAAUGCUAAUGUGUAUAUAAUUAAAUUAGUGCAAAAUGUUUUAUUAUAUGUAAUGUUUCUCAAAUCUAAUUCACUGAGGAAGUGUGUUCUGGUAACAGUUUAUUUACGGGUACUGACCUUUUCUCACACUGAUACUGACUAAUGUGCGUCAAUGGAGACCGAUUCCUUUUUUACUUUUGAAUUCUGGCUAAUAAAAGGAUCUCAAAGUGGA